AUGGGUAAAGGAUGGUAUAAAAAGCUCGAGCAGCAGAUGGUUGCUACUGUGAUCCUCGCUGUAAUUUCCAUCAGCUAUGCAGAAGAGAGGAGAGAUAAACGUGGUGUAAUUAGCGAAGGCUAUUCUUCAUCCGGAGGGAGUGAAAGUGGAGACGAUGGAGGUCAUGAUUUGUCUGGAGGAGGAGGAGCAGUAGGAGGUGGAGGCGGAGGUGGAUACGGUGGUGACCAAGGGGCUGCUCUCGGAAGUGGUGCCGGAAAUGGAUUGGGGGGUGGUGUGGGAGCAGGAAACGGCGGUGGAGCUCGUAUAACAACAAUUAGCCAACGUGUGCCUGUUCUCGUCCCACAACCAUACCCUGUAACCAUAAACCAACCGGUGGCUGUGCCCAUUCCGUUCCGUGUUCCAGUCGUAGUACCACGUGCAGUCCAAAUAUUUGUGCCAAUUCCUCAGCCAGUAAUCGUUCCACGACCAUACCCUGUCACCGAAUACAGAAGGGUGACUAUUCCAAUUCCACAGCCCGUACCUGUUCCAGUACCACAGCCAGUUGGAAUUUCUGUACCACAACCAUACCAAGUCAUCGUUCGUCAAACCGUUCCAAUCAGAGUACCCCAAACCGUUGUAGUUCCGGUACCUCAAUUUGUUAACGUCGGAGGUGGAGGUGGUGCUGGAAAUGGAGGAGGAAUUGGCGGUGGAAUUGGAGGAAUUGGCGGUGGAAUUGGAGGUGGCAUCGGAGGAGGAAUUGGAGGACACGGAAAUGGAAUUGGUUCUGGAGGAUUUAAUGCCGGACACGGUAAUGGAGGCCAAAGCAGUGGUUAUGAAAAACAUUGA